AUGCGCAAAGCGGACGUAGCGGUUGUUCGAACACUAGUCAAGUAUAGUUGUCGUUGAUACAUUGCGCCGCGGGUAGUUUGUUGUUGGCGUGGAUCGUUUCCGUAACAUAUAGAGUUGUGAAAAUCAAGACGCGUAAUGCCAGUAGCCGGCAUUAAAAUAGUGAUAGUUACGUAGAUCGGUCCGACGUAGAAGGAACAACAGAUGAAUAUUUGUAACCGUACGUUGUAACCGAAUCGAACAAAAUGUGGAGUCCGACGCACGUUCAAGUGACAGUUCAGAGGGCGAAAAGCUUAUUAACCAAAGGAAAACACAAAACCAACGACUGCUUCGUGACGAUUGCGCUCGGGAAAGAAAAAUACCAAACGUCUGUGAAGGAGAAAGCAUCGAAGGACGUGGAAUGGCACGAGGAAUGCGAAUUACUUAUACCGGAACAAGGAAACACAGCGGAAAUUGUCCUUACGGCCCUUCAUCGUAAUUUCUUGGGAGUCGACGAAUUCCUCGGUACUGUCAGCAUACCCCUAUCUAGCUUCGAUGUUUACGAGAGACCAAGGAAUAGAUGGUACGCACUUGGAAGUAAACCAGGCAAGGAAAAUACGAAAGAGAGAGGUGAACUCGAAGUAAAAAUAGGUUUCAUUGUAAAAGCUGGUAGUCUAACCGAUUUGAGUCACAAAGAACGUCACAAAAGUUCCCUUGGUCAGUUAUCCACAGCCGCUCAUUCGAUCGGCGGAAGUUUACUCAGUAUAGGUAGCUUUGAGAAACGGAAAGGUUUGAAAAAAUUAGCCAAAUCGAUCGGCAAUCGCGUGAAAGGAAAGAGCAAGCAUAAUUUGGACAAAGGAGACGAUCUGGAUGAAAGGGAGGAGCGUAAAUUUAGAACUACGAGACAGGAACCUGGAGAGGCCGAUCCUGGUGUUAUUAGCGAGGACGAGGAUGAAUUUACGUUUGAUGAUUUAUCUCAUAAAAGUUCGGCAUCAUCUUUAAAUGCUCCAGUAGUCGGUGGUAACAGUAAUAGUGUAGGUUCAGUAGCUUCGAGUGUAUCUUCGGGCAAUAAUUUCGAGGCACAUCUUCCACCGGCGCCAAUGAACGCCGCACCUAACAAACCACCACGAUUUUCCAUGAGUGCUUCCUCCACUUCCUUAUCCAAAGUAGACAAUAUCAAAGACGACGAGUGGGGUUUGAAGCUUUAUGGUAAACAAGUUAAUAAUAAUGUUAAAAGAUGGGAAAGUAAACAAAGUCCGAAAAUUGUAAUAGACGAACCAAAGGACGAACAUCGCGAAAUAUCACCUGUAAAUUCGCCUUCUUCGACUUUGAAGCGUCAAGAAACUUCAGAGAUCAUAACACCUGCCCCGCGUGAAGUUUUGCAAAUAAAGAACAAACUUGAAGACAAAUUUGUAUCGAAUAAGGAAAAAAAUGUAAAAGAAGAGAAAUUUAAAGAAAAGAAAGAAGACAAAUACAAUUGCUGGAAUCCCAGAGAUGAAAAGCAAUUGAAAAAGGACAAGAAAAAGGAGAAGGAGAAUAAAUUUAAAGAAUUUAAUGACGAUAAUAAUUUAUCUUCGGAAAGAAUUAUCAUCGGAGGUGAAGAUGCAAUUAAACCAACAGCGACAAUGAAAAGCCACCUGCCACAUGAGGUUCUCACACAAUUCGAAGGAAAAUCGAGAGAAGAUCUAAUCGAAUUAACGCUACAACUACAAGCGGAAGUAACAGAAAAGAAGAAACGUUUAACUGACUUGGAAGAUUAUAUAGAUGCACUAUUACUGCGAGUAAUUGAAUGCUCGCCGCGCUUAUUGCAAAACCCAUACCAAUCACAGAGACGUUUGUCUUCGCCUGGACACCAAUAGAUAAUUAAUCGCUUUCCCGUCCUGAUAUUUUCUGAUAAUGUUAAGAUUAAUUGUAUUCUUUGAAAGAAUUAGUGAUAGUUGCAUAGAGCUACGUUCAAUGUAUACCAAUCGUUUCGUACACGUUUAACUGCAACUACUUUGUAGUACACAGGCUUUAAUUUAUUUUCAACUAACAAUUAGAACUAAAUAAUUUGCAUGUAUUCCUCAAUGACGUUACUUUUUGAAGUGUAUAAAUUUCUGUUGAAUUUUUAACGUUUUGUUAUCGUUUCAACAAAGAAUGUUAUUAAGGUUUAUGUAUAUGUAUGUUUUAAAGGGCAAAGAAAAAGUGCAGCGUUUGUGCCAAUUGUUAUAAAAUGAGAAAAAAAAAUUGCAAAUACUCCCCUAGUCUUCCCAAAAGAAACAAUUGCUUAUCCCAAAAAAAAUGUUAUUUCCGUCCAAAGUACGAUCCCAACAAAUACUAUUAAAAUAUUUGUAUUUUUGAAUAUUUACAUGACAAUUUCUUCAUA